CAAGAAGGACAUUGAGGCGCUGGAGCGUGUCCAGAGGAGGGAACGGAGCUGGGGAAGGGGCUGGAGAACAAGGGCUAUGAGAGGCGGCCUGAGGAGCUGGGGUUGAUCCGCCUGGAGAAGAGGACGCCCAGGGGAGGCCUCAUCACUCUCCGCAGCUCCCUGUUCGUGGGUGCUGGUCUCUUCUUCCCCUUAUCAGGCGACAGGACGAGAGGGAGCGGCCUCAAGCUGUGCCACAGCAGGUUUAGACUGAAAAUCAGGAAAAAUUUCUUCGCCAAAAGGAUUAUUGUGCGCUGGCAGAGACCGCCCAGGGAGGCGCCAGCCUGGAGGUGUUUAGAAGCCGGGCAGUUCCCGGUGGGACAACUGUGCUGGUGGAGCUUACCCCUGACAUCCACAUCUGUGGCAUCUGCAAGCAGCAGUUCAAUAACCUUGAUGCCUUUGUUGGACACAAGCAAAGUGGUUGCCAGCUCACGAGUGCAACAGCUGGAGCCACCAGUACAGUUCAGUUUGUGUCUGAAGAAACGGUGCCAUCAACACAGACUCAAACCACAACCAGGACUAUUGCUUCGGAGACCCAAACCAUCACAGAUGCAGCACAGCCAGUGUUGAAAAACAAACAUGCUUUUAUUAAUGUAAGACCUGGACAGUCAUCAGAAGAAACUGAACUUCUGAAGAAACUGGAUGGUGCAGUCAGAUAGGAUUCAGAAGCAGAUGAGUGGGCCUACUCAGGAUCUUAAUAAGUUCAGCAUGGCUCAUCAGGUCUUCACAGAAUUUUCACUGGUAGCAGGGAAGAGAAAAGCCUUUUUCCUCUCCCCCUCCUCCAGGUGGAUAGGAAGCCAGGAACAGGAAUUUUGCUGGAAAAAAAACAGACUAGGGAAGUAAUUAAUGAAACUAGAAAAUAAUUAGAUUUUUCUGAUUGGAGAAGUUGAUGUCCUCGAACUGAACUAUUUUAUGUGUUUAGUUUCUGCACCAGAGUUUGUUUUUGAGCAUGGCUAUCAAACAUACCUGCCCAGUGAAAGCAGUGUGCCUCCAGCAGCUGCUAUUGUCUCUCCACCACCAAAAGCACGUUCAAGAAAAUCUACCUCCUCACUUACACAGAAGAAACUAGACUGCUGCUAUCCAGGUUGCCAGUUCAAGACUUCGUAUGGUAUGAAGGAUAUGGAACGUCAUCUGCGAACACACACAGGAGACAAGCCCCAUAAAUGUGAAGUUUGUAACAAAUGUUUUAGUCGUAAAGAUAAGCUGAAGAUGCAUAUGCGUUCUCAUACUGGAGUGAAGCCUUACAAAUGUAAGCAUUGUGACUAUGCAGCUGCUGACAGCAGCAGUCUCAACAAGCACCAGCGCAUUCACUCCAACGAACGUCCUUUUAAAUGCCAGAUCUGUCCUUAUGCAAGCCGCAACUCUAGCCAGCUCACUGUACAUCUCAGAUCCCACACGGGAGAUGCUCCUUUCCAAUGUCAGAUGUGUCCUGCUAAAUUUAAAAUCAACUCAGACUUGAAGAGGCACAUGCGUGUGCAUUCUGGUGAGAAACCUUACAAAUGUGAGUUCUGUGAGGUCCGAUGUGCCAUGAAAGGAAACCUGAAAUCACACAUUCGUAUCAAGCACAGCAUGGAAAAUACCCUGAAGUGUCCAGAGUGUGAAUUUCAAUGUGGAAACAAAACAAGCCUUCGGCACCACAUAAGAACUCAUCAGCCCGAGCAGCCAGUGAAGUGCUCGGAGUGUAACUACUCCUGCUCUAACAAGGCAGCUCUGAAAGUGCAUGAGCGAAUCCACUGCAAAGAUCGUCCUUUCAAAUGUGAGUUCUGCAGCUUUGAUACCAAGCAGCGGAGCAACCUGACAACUCAUGUGAGGAAAGUUCAUGGUGACAAAGUCAAGACCAAGAAGCAAGCUGUGGAGAAGCAGGGAGAUAAAACAAAGCACGGUGGCUCCAGGCAAGUCGCCAAAUUGGAUGCAAAGAAAGCAUUUAAGUGUGACCUGUGUGAUGCUUCCUUUGUGCGAGAAGAUUCUCUGAGGAGUCAUAAGAAGCAGCACAGUAUGUAUAAUGGAUCUAAAAAUAACGAACUGGCUGUUUUACAGCUCCAGAUGGAUUCCAGUCGGCAGGCGAGUGCCCCGAUUACUGUUAGUCACCUCCAGGUCCCACUUCAGGCUGCUCAGGUUUCUCCAUACAAUGAGGGAAGGGUCAAGAUCAUCGUGGGUCACCAGGUCCCUCAGACUAAUAGUAUCAUUCAGGCUGCAUCAGUGAAUGUCGUGCCUCCUACAUUAGUUGGACAGAAUCAGGAAGACCUCUCAGCCAACAGCCGCUUGCAGCUGCUGGGCCAAGUUAGUUUGUUGGCACCACCUCCACCUCACAUAUCUCAAAGCGAAGCAGGGCCUGUGACGCAACCAGCAGUUCUUCUUACAACCCAUGACCAAAGCGAUGGAAGCGCUUUACAUCAAACUCUGAUUCCUGCUGCUCCUGUCAGUGCUCAUGAUGCUUCAGCAAACCAAGCUUUCAUCACCAGCUCUGGAAUCAGCUGCUCUGACUUAGAAGGCCUUAAUGCUUUAAUACAAGAAGGAGCAACAGAAGUGACUGUGGUUAGUGAUGGAGGUCAGAGUAUAACAGUGUCUACUUCAGCUCCCCCUGCUCCUAUCUUUUCUUCAUCCUCUCACACAGAAGCUCCGAAGCAGACCUAUUCUAUCAUUCAAAAUGGAGCCCAUACAGCUUUACUGUGUCCAGCAGACUCCAUACCGGAUUAGUUGCAAUGGACUACUACUAAACAAACUUUAAUCUCAGAGACAGUGCUGAAUGCAGCAGAAAUGUAUAGGACAUAAGUGAAUGCAGGAUUUGUCCUACAAAGCCAAAUACCUUCCACUUCCACAUUUGACUUGUCUGUACAUGGAAGCGUACAUCUUGUAUGUGAAAAGAGGAUGUGUAUAUUUAUGUGCCUCUACUGAAAUCGGAGGCUGUGGUUUUUUGUAAAACCUGAGUGACUGUUGACAAUUUUGCCAAGCAGUAAGCUUCCCAGAAUAUGUUUCUUGUAUUGUGCUGGCUAAAAUAAGAAAGCCUUAUGAUGGAUUGCCUUCACAGCAGACUUAUUCUUUCAUGCACACACAAAAAGCUAAUAGUCCAAGCCAUUCUGACAUAUAUUUUUAAGUGAAAUUUAUUUCAUUUACAUGCAAUGUAUGCAUUAACUGCACCUGGCUGAUCAUUGAUCUGUAAGAAAUGUCUGCUAGUAGGAGUGAUGCAGCCCUAGGAAGGUUUAAGGGGGCUAUUCCUUAGUAUGUGUAGCUAGGACCUGGCACUUAAUCUGAAAAUGCUUAUGCAGAAGACUAGGUGAUUAUUUUUAGGAAACAAAAUAAUUUUGUCUGUCCACCAGUAAUAACUAACUGUUAGCCAGAACACUAUUGCAAAUUAUAUGGCACAACGAUCUCCGUCGGGGGGACCUGUGUAUUGAAGAACAAAACAACUGCAAAUACAUUUUUUACAAACGUUACUUAAAUUUUGGGUUUAUUGUGAUGAUGCCAGUUUGUAGUUGCAUGGGUGGUAAAAGUGCAUUACAUUUUGGCUCUUUUCAAGUUAAAGGGAACAAAGGAAAAGAUUUAAUUCAUGCCAUUUAAAAUAAAAAAAAAAUAGAUUCUAAUGCAAGGUCUUGAAACUCUAGCAUAAAUUCAGAUUGGAUCACAAUUAGGUAGGAAUUUAUGAUUGUAUUAUGCACACUUUUAUAAUAAAUUAACUCCAGACUGUAUUUUGAACUAUGUAAUAUUAUUGUCCUGUCUAGUGAGCAUUGCUGUAGUGGUAGCUAAUAACUUCUUCACUGCCAAACUCUCUAGUUAAAGAGCAGACUCAACUUGGGAAAACAGACAGGUCUGUAGGUGCCUGGAACUGCAAAAACCAGAGAUGAUUUCACAGCCAGAUGGCAUCCCAAGGACAAUUGUGAGUAGAUGGAAGACUGAAAAGAAUCUGUUACCAAAAGUAGCUCUGAGAUUCCCUUUUGGGGAAUCAAAGUCAAGUUAAAUUUCACAGUAUUUGCUGGUGGGAGACAUUGAUUGCUUUAUGUGCUAGAAGCAUGCUUGGAAAACUUACAAAGAUUAUAUAAUUAGGGCCACUUUCUGAACAGCCUUCGUGUUUGAAAUUUUUAGCUUGUACAGCCUUUAUUUUGUGUAUGUGGGAGUGUUCCUCGCUUCUUCCCUCCAUGUGGUACAUACUGUAUAUACAGUGUAAGGCUUCCUGCUUCACAAUGACGAGUUGGAAACUCGUAAGUACAGUCAUGCCAGUUGUUCUUGAAAAUGUGACCUUUGCUUUUUGUUGAAAUAAGGGUUGCUUAAGCUUGAAUGCUCCAGUAUCGCUGUCAUUCUUUUUGGGAAAUAAUAUUUUUGAAGAUCCAGAUCUCUUCUGCCUUCCCAACCUGUGGUUCUAAGUUAAUGUUCUUUUAAAACAAAAAACUGUUUCAAAUUAUCUUCCUUUUAAAAACUAGGUUUUUAUUUAAGCUGACAGUGUGCCUGAUGCUUGUGGAUAUCAGAAAAGUCCACAUUCCAGUUAAAAGGAGAAACUUCAAAAAUGCUUAAUUAAAAGGGUAUUGUUAAAGACUUGUUUCCUAGCCCCAUGCUGCAUUGAAAUAUGAAGCAAUACUUCUACAUUCACUGACAGUUGUAUUUCAGGGUUUAUAAUUUCCUACAGUUCUCCAACUUUUCAGGUGAUACAGGUGAGUCACCUGUUAAUUAUCUUUUCCCUACAGAUACGUGAUUUAAGAAGCUGACAAGACCCAGUUCCAUGAAGCACUUAUUUUUGUAUAUAUUACAAGUAGGUGGAAGGUUUUUACUACAUUAGGUCACUGCAGAGCAUUCAUUGAGAGCAAUAAACUGAAAGCCUAGACAUUUUGAAUUUUAACACUGGCAUCAAUUGCUAUUUUGUGGCUCUCCAGUCAUGCUUCCUUCUUGUGCCUAUUGCACAGACCUGAUCAUUCCAUUUCAACUAUGUUAAGACUACUUGUAAAACUCUUGAAAGAUAAAAGGCAUCAUAAGUAAGUGCUUGAUCUUAUUAUGUGUGGUCCCUGAUAUCCAGGUUGUAAAUGAUCACUGGAGAAACAUAGAUCAAACAGUUUGUUAUUUUUAAAUUAAAACGGGUGGCACAGAAGUAAUUCUUCAC